AUGUUGGCGGGCAAGAGUCACGCUGCCGCCGCCACCAGCCCCUGUUCCGCCGCCUCCAGGCCCUGUUCCAUCGCCACCCAUUCUGCCGUUCAGCCGCCGCCACCAGCCCCUGUUCCGCCGCCUCCAGGCCCUGUUCCGCCGCCUCUAGCCCCUGUUCCGCCGCCUCCAGGCCCUGUUCCGCCGCCUCCAGGCCCUGUUCCGCCGCCUCCAGGCCCUGUUCCGCCGCCACCAGGCCCUGUUCCGCCGCCACCAGGCCCUGUUCCGCCGCCACCAGGCCCUGUUCCGCCGCCACCAGGCCCUGUUCCGCCGCCACCAGGCCCUGUUCCGCCGCCACCAGGCCCUGUUCCGCCGCCACCAGCCCACCAUUGGACGUACAGUGGGCAACAAAGGCACAAUACAACAAGGAUCAGCUGUAAGAAGCCCAGUACGUCGACGGUGAUUGGUCGAUAUUGCCUUAAUAUGGAAACUAUAUCAUCUGUGAUUGGUUAA